AUGGUUGUUGAGCUUUCCUCAGAAAAUUGCGGGGUAUCAUCCAUGAGUCCUAGGAUUUCAUUCUCACAUGACUUCUCCCAAUCAGAUGUCAUUCCAGUUGAGAAGCACCCUUGGAGAUCAAACUCAUCUGGCUUGAACUCAAGCAUUGACUUUGAUUUUUGUGUUCAUGAAAGCUUAGAGCUUGAGUCCUCUUCAGCAGAUGAGCUUUUCUCACAUGGGGUUAUCCUUCCCACUCAAAUCAAGAAGAAGAGCAUCAACAAUGCUCUAUUGAAGCAAAAAAGUCAGCAACUAGCACCACCACCUCAACCCCAAUUACCACCCUCAAAAGCUAUUUGUGACAAUGCGUCAUCCACCACCAGAAAAGGCUCCAAGAAAGAGAAUCACAAGAAAGAGAAUCACAGAGAUAUCAAGGACUUGAACGAGGAAGCGGAUGAGAAGCAUAGUUCCAAGUCAUUUUGGAGAUUUAAGAGAAGUAGCAGCUGUGGAAGUGGAUAUGGGAGGAGCUUAUGCCCUCUGCCACUUUUGUCUAGAAGCAAUUCAACAGGGUCUUCACCAAGUGUUAAGAUACCACUGUCAAAGGAGGGUCAUCAUGUUAAGCAAAAUUCCCAGAGACGUUCUUCCUCUAUCACAAGGUCUUCUCACUCCUUGACUUCACACAACCAUCAAAAGCCUCCAUUGAAGAGGAGUCAUGGGUCAUAUGCUAAUGGUGUUAGAAUUAGUCCUGUUCUCAAUGUUCCUUCUGCAAACCUUUUCGGUUUUGGCUCAAUCUUCUCCAACAAUAGAGAUAAGAGCAAGAAGAAAUAG